AAACUCUCAAGGCCAUUUAGUCUACUAAAUGAAACGGCUUAGCCUAUCCUGACAAAAUUACUUGAUAACAUUUAUUUCGACUCCCGAAGGGCUGAAAAGCCCGUCUGCGCGUGCGAGCAGCAAGCAGCUGUUCGUUUCUAUCGCCCCUCACCCCUUGCUUCUUCUCCUCACCCCCUCCCCCAGAGACCCCCCCAUUCCACCUCAUCCGUCUAGGCUACAACUUGGAAAAUCACUGCGAGAGAGAAGAGCCUUUUACUGAUUCAGAUCGGUCGUUCACACUCCGAUCGAGCCAGACGGAGAGGACACUAUCACGCUGUCAUAAACACCAAGACUCACAGAGACACGGAGCUGAAGUUCUAGCCACUGCAUGCGCCGUCAAAAGAUGCAAUUGAAAUCAUAAGGAUCAUUGAUUGCCCGUGCAUUUAUCCUGUUACGGUUAACCCAUAUGGAAUUAUAUCUACAGUUCGUUAAAAAACUUGUCUAACGCCGGCUCGCGUUGAAAGCUGACUUCACGGGACUUCAUGUAGGGGUUUGAAGAGGCAGCCGGUCCCUACCCAGCAUCCCCCGCUCAGAAUGGAUGACUCUCCUGGGCCACCGUCUCCACCACACUCCUCCAGUAUCACUGCCAUUACAUCUCCUCCAUCGCUUCGUCCCAGCGUCUGAGGCAGAGCACCGGGCCAUCCUCCGCCCUUCCUCAGGCCCCGCCACCCCACCGUGGCUCCCCGGACAUACCCAGCUCUGCUCUGCACCCUCCCGGGCCAUCCGUUGCGCAUUCCACCCACAGUUGUAGCUCGGCGGUAGCUGGGAACCGGCAGCCCUCCGCCCCAACCACCCUGGACAUUCCGCCACACCACCCAACGUGGCUCCUCGGCUGUCCUAGCCGGCUGCCACCACCCAGUCAAAGUACAACCACUGCGGCCUUCCGGACAUAGCCAGCGUCCUACAUCAGCCUCGGACCCGCCCCCGGGUAAGCCGGUGGCUUCCUGGACCUAGCCAGCACACCAUUACCACACCAACCUACUAUCCUGGCUCCACCAGCCGUCACGCCGCUGCUGCUCCCCGGAACCCAGCACCUCCCCUCCUCCACCAGCUGGAACCUCCGCCCAUAAUGACACACAUGAAUUACAAAUACACCCUGCUGGGUUCGACGGCGGAGGAGUACAGGAAGAGGCCGCUCCUUCUCCAGGUGGACGACAGGCCCAUGAACCUGUUUGCCGUGCUGGAGGUCAAACGUGAGCCCCACGGUCUCCGCCGACCCUGGCCGUGGUGCGCCCCGGGAUGUGAUCCAAGUACUCUGGCCUGCUUCCGGAAGUUUAGGCUGUACAGCUUCCUGUUUGGCCUCACCGUCAUGUUCCUUAUUAUGGCUUCUUAUGUUCUAACCGGGGACAAGAAGGGUCUUCGCCUAACGCCCUCACCGUAUCACUUCUCCGUGGCGCCGAGCCAGGGCUCUGGGUCCGGGGCCUUGCUGUUCCCCUUCAACCUAUCUUCUGUCAAGGACUGUGCCGACAUUAAACAGGUGGUGAAGAACAUAGCCUCUAGAGUGGAGUUCAACUCCAGCAGGCAGCUACCAGCCCGCAAGGCAUUGGUCCAUAGUGAACCACACAUGUUUUCCAUUGUUGCCCGCAAGUUCUUGGCCAACGUAAAAAACCCCUGCUGGUAUGAGGAACACACAAGGAACAUCUCCACGGACCCAUACAGCGCCAACCUGUACGCGAGGUACUCGCGGCGAUUCAAGACCGUGUUUGAAUACCUGAGGAGCGCCUUCCGGGAGCACCUGGACCGCCGCGGGGGCAGGUACUACCGUAUGCGCUGCCUGCCGUACUUCUACAUCAUCGGCCAGCCGAAAUGCGGCACCACCGACCUGUACGACAGAUUGCGGCUGCACCCGGAAGUCCGAUUCACGACCUUCAAAGAGCCGCACUGGUGGACCAGGAAGAGGUUUGGUAUCAUCCGUCUCAGUGAGGGGUUCCACGACCGCUAUCCAGUGGAAGACUAUCUGGACCUGUUCGACCUGGCGGCCUGGCAGAUCCAGGACAGCCUCACGGGCCACGCCCCGGGAGCCCCCGAUCAGCACAACGUCAUUAUAGGAGAGGCCAGUGCAUCUACCAUGUGGGACAACAAUGCCUGGGUCUAUUUCUAUGACAACGGUACAGAGGCUGAGGCCGAGCCACCGUUCCUCAUCCAGGACUUCAUCCACGCCAUUCAGCCCGAUGCGAGGUUCAUCGUCAUGCUUAGGGACCCUGUCGAGAGGUUGUACUCUGACUAUCUGUACUUCGGGAUCGCCAAUAAAUCUGCUGAGGAUUUCCACGAGAAGGUGUCGGAGUCCCUUCAGCUGUUCGAGGGGUGUCUUAUGGAGUGUACCAUGCGUUCCUGUGUCUACAACACCACUCUCAACAACGCCAUGCCAGUCAGAUUGCAGGUGGGACUGUAUGUAGUUUACAUCCUGGACUGGUUGACUGUCUAUCGGAGGGAGCAGAUAUUGGUCCUCAGGCUAGAAGACCACGCCUCCAACAGAAAAUACACAAUGCACAAAGUCUUUGACUUCCUCAAAUUAGGGCCAUUGACAGAGCAGAAGGAAGCAGAGAUCACUAAAAGCCCAGCUUCCAAUACCAGACGCCCAGCAGAUAAGAACCUGGGACCUAUGCUUCCUGUCACAAAGGAGAUACUGAGGGACUUCUACACUCCAUUCAAUGACAAACUGGCCAAGGUGCUCUGCAACAACUCCUUCAGAUGGGACAGCCAUUCAAAACUCAUCUAAACUCUGGUUGCAAGGGAAAAGGACAUUACAAACAUGUGUAAAUACUUAUUUUAAUGAUUAUGAAACUCUUAUUCUAAAAGGCUGUUUGAAUGGGAAAAAUCAUUCAAUGUGUAUGUAAAUACUUGUUUUAAUGGGAGAACCAUUCCAAAGUCAUGUAAAUACUUGUUUUAAUUUGAACAACAUGUAAAUUAUUGUUAGCCUAGUGCCAAUCUGCAAAAUGCAACAUUCAAAAUAACACUUCCCUGCAAAAACACAAAUGAGUUGGAAACAGGCUCAGGAACAAGACACGACCUGGAACCAUAAAGGGUUCUUCGGCUGUCCUUUUAGCACGAGGAUCGUUUUUGUAUCUUGGUUCCAAAUAGGUGGUUUAACUUACAACCAAAAAGCAGAAAAAGAAUUGUGUUCUCCUACAGGGACAGCUGAAGAACUCUUCCUAAACCCCUUUUUUCAGCCUGCUUCCCAAACAGCAUCAUACACCCUUCACUGAAGGGUACCCUACAUAGGUAAUAGGCUGCUAUUUGGGAUGCUCCCUGUGUUGUCUCUGACAGACACAUCAGCCCCUCCCUUUUCCACCGAGAAUAAUUUUGUUAUGGACUAAUUAUCUGGGGAAAUCGACAUGUUAUUUUUUAAAUUAUAAUUUAAAUGAUAUUAAUUCAGAUAUUCCUUCAGUCAAGGAUAGGAUGAUAAUAGCACAAGAAUGCUUUUUUCUGAUUUUGGGGCUAUGUUGGGAGUUUCAUUUUCGUGAUUUUUUUUGUUUUGUUUUUUGUUUGUUUGUUACUGAGGUUUGUUGUACCCUUUUUUGAGCUGUUGUUUAUUAAACCGACAGUGAAAUGCACAACACAGUCAGA